GAUAAUUAACUCCUAUAUAUACGGAGGUGUGGCACUCGAGGCCCAAAAUAUGCUGAUAUCAGCAGCAAAAAUCUGAAAAUCAUAAGGCAAAACCACAUUUUUUUUAAAAUUACCCAGGGCUAAGUGUAGUUUUGAUAGCUUUGGCCAGCACUGAAGCGUGCGAUAGUUCAUGUCAAACUGCUAGGGUUUCAACAUGGCUAGCUCCUCAAAAGCACCAAAGAUUGUUAGGGGAAGCAAGUAUAGAGUUUACCUUGGAACUGGAGAGAAGGCAAAGGAGUGCUACGAGAACUUAAUACGUCUAAAAGAAGAGUUAAAGUUUUUAUACAACCAAGAUUUCUUCACUUGGGUUCAUGAAGUUUUGAGGGCACACCACAAUAAAGAUUCCAGAAACAGUAUUAUGUUACUAAACUCUUCAAAGAGAAUGGUGCAUACUCCAUGCAGUGAAGUUGUAGUACUAAAAAAGAAAAGACAGUCAUCAAGUAGCUCGUCUAAAGAUUCAUCGACUUCUUUUACUUCACCUCUCUCAUGCUUACUUUCGCCAACAUAUGAUAGCAGCAGUAACACAAAGUCUUCAAUAACUGGUCCUAAUGAUACACCACGUGUUGUUAUUGUUAGCUCAAAAAAGGCUAAAACUGAAAUGGAAAUUGAAUGUACUAAAAAAGAUUCAAAUUUCCCAUCGAUGGAAAUAUUAAAGUAUAUACAGCAAAUUUGUAAAUUAUAUAGCUACUAGAGUAGCUGGCUGAUUUGUUUCUGGAAAGCAUGAUAUAUAUAUAGCUAUAUGUGAUUUC